AUGGAGUGCGGCGAGGUAUGCCAGGUUGAAAUCCUGAAUGCAGCGACCAUGCUCCCUCCAAUGUUCAGCUGUGCUGCCGCAUGCUGGCUGGUCGGGCCAAAGGCGUGGUGGAGAUCGCAUGCAGCAAUUGCUUUGUUGUCUGGCUGGUUCCUCAUGGUUCCGGCGAGCACUGCUAGCCACCUCUAUUGCGCCUUCAAUGGCCAGUACCUUCCCAAGCUUGAGCGGCUGGACCAAGCUUGUAUAUCCAUCGCUUCUGUUUUGGCUGCUUGGGCUUUGUCACGGUCGAAUCUGUUCACGGCGUUUGUGGGCAGCAUUUGCAUCAGCCUUGACCUGCUGAUGUUCGCAGGCCCAGAGGAGCUUCAUCACCACGUGGCAUGGAGAACGGAGACCCUGGCAUGCGUCGUGCUCCUCUACCUGAGCCCGAUGGUCUGGAGGCGUAACACAUUCGACUUCAGCAUCAUCCCGAUUUGUUUGUGCUUCCUGUUCGGCUUGGCGAUGGCAGUGUGGGCUCCUCUGGGCCCACGCAGCCAUCCUCUCUUCCACCUGACGCUUAUCCCUUUCAGCUACUAUACGUCUCGCUCUGCGAUACUUUUUGAAAAGACCCACGAAGAGAUGCGGGAUUUCCUCAUCACCAGCAAGCAUGAGGAGAGCGACACGGACGAGAGCACCACUCUCAAAGCGGUGCCACGGCUGGAUCUGAUGGUUACAUACUGA